CGGCGGAGCCCGGCCCGUGACAGCGGCGCGGGGAAGCCGCCCCCGCCUCCAUCCCCGCCGCACAAUGACCCCCGCGUGGUUCCUUCUCCCCGAAGCGACUCGGACCUCCCAGCUCCGGCCUUUCCUCCCGCUGAGGCUUUAACCUGGAGAGAUCCGCGGGCGGCUCCACCAUGUCGGACAGUGACCUCGGGGAAGACGACAGCGGCGCGUCCCCGGACCCGUCUCAGGCCGGCAAGAGGAAGAGAAGGGGCAACCUGCCCAAGGAGUCCGUGAAGAUCCUGCGGGACUGGCUGUACGAGCACCGCUUCAACGCCUACCCCUCGGAGCAGGAGAAGCUCAGCCUCUCGGUGCAGACCAGCCUCUCCGUGCUGCAGAUCUGCAACUGGUUCAUCAAUGCCCGGAGGCGGCUGCUGCCCGACAUGCUGCGCAAGGACGGGAAGGACCCCAACCAGUUCACCAUCUCGCGCCGCGGGGGCAAGGCCGGGGACGCGGCUGUGCUGCGGGGGGCCGCGGCUGGCGCCGGCCCCGGCGUGCUGCUGGUGCCUCCCGGGCCGGCCGCGGGCGCCUCCAAGGUGCUGUCCAUGUCGGUGUGCCCGCAGGUACUGUGCCACCCGGCCCAGGCGCUGGGCAGCGGCCUGACGGUGCUGAGCGCCCGCAGCCCCGACUGGGAGAAGCCGCCCGGGCUGCGGCGAGCGGAGCCGGACGCGGCGCCCAGAGCCCCCGGCAGCACCGUGGCCCUGCUGGCGCGGGCCGAGGCCGGCAGCCCCACCAGCGGACUCUUCAACACGCCGCCCCCCACGCCCCCGGAGCUCUUUGGCGACGACUUCAGCAGCUUCCAGCUGCUGGUGGAGGUGGCCCUGCAGAAGGCGGCCGAGCUGGAGUCGCAGCGGCAGAGCGGGCAGCUCCCCGUGGCCCAGACUGAGCCCCCGGCAGCCUCUGACGCCAAAUAGCGCCCCCCGGGCUGGCUGCUGCAGGGGGUGGCGAGUCCUGCCCCGCGCCGGCUCUGUGGAGGCAGCUCCGCGGCCUCCCCCUGCCGUGACCAGCAGCUGCUGCGGGGCUCCCCUCACACAACCUGCUGACUCCUUCGCUCUCCCCUGCGAACGAGGGGCCCGGCGAGUUCAGGGAGAGGAAGAGACACUGGUGUCUGUUUUAAGGACCACGGAUGAGAGGCUUUGUCUCCUCCCAGCUCUCUGAGCCCUCCUCUGCGCCUGCUUUGUUUGCAGAGGUGCCUCGUGCUGGCCCUGCCUUGCCGGGGAAGGGCAGAGGACAGGUGAAGCCUGCAGCUGUUUCACACAGGGCCCGCGGGACCCUCCUCUGGUGCUGCAGGGCGAUUGGGAUGCUGCCGGUGGAAUCUCCAUGGUGCUGUCCAGCAGGUUUCUUUCUCAUUGAACCGUUUUCCCUUUCAUUGUGAUGUAUGCUAUGAAUGGGGGGUUCUCCCCCUUCUGUAAGCAUUUCCACACCUCCCCUGGCGUCGUUCCCCGCGAGCUGCCGCUGACACGUGCGUGUGGGGCGCUGGGGCCGCAGCAGUGCCAGCGGCAGCUGUGUGUGCCCAGCUCGGGCUCUGACACUGCCCGUCUGGCUUCUCCCUUGUUCCGUUUGAAACCCUCUGGAACGAGGCGCUGUGUGGGCAGGGCACAGGGUGGUGCCUUCCUCCAACAGUCGGUGCAGGCCGUUGUCUCCCCAGGGGCUGUCCUGGGCAUGCCGUGGCUCUGCCAGGCCGUGCCGUGCCAGGCUGUCCCAGGAGUGCCAUGGCUCUGCCAGGCUGUGCUGUGCCAGGCUGUCCCAGGAGUGCCGUGGCUCUGCCAGGCUGUGCCAUGCCAGGCUGUCUCAGGAGUGCCAUGACUCUGCCAGGCCGUGCCAUGUCAGGCUGUCCUAGGAGUGCCAUGGCUCUGCCAGGCUGUGCUGUGCCAGGCUGUCCCAGGAGUGCCGUGGCUCUGCUGUGCCAUGCCAGGCUGCCUAGGAGUGCCGUGGCUCUGCCAGGCCGUGCCAUGCCAGGCUGUCCCAGGAGUGCCGUGGUUCUGCCAGGCCGUGCCGUGCCAGGCUGUCCCGGGAGUGUCGUGGCUCUGCUGGGCCGUGCCAGGCUGCCUAGGAGUGCCAUGGCUCUGCCAGGCCGUGCCGUGCUGGGCUGGUCCCGCUGCACUGGCCGUGGAGCAGAGGCAGGGCCUGGCUGGGCACAGCUCGCUGUGGGCCCUGGUAUGGAGCUGGAGUUGCACAGCAGCAAGUCCUCAGCCACGUUACCUCCCCCAGAAACACUAAUUUUGGGUAAUUAGCCCGAUUGUUGAGUUGCAUGACUAGAGAGAUAACGAGCCCAUGGGCUGUGGCACCUGAGCCAGCCGUGCUGCGGGAACGGGACAGCACCAGGGUGCUACUGGGGCCUGUGAGGGAGAAGCCCUCGCUGCUUUGGGGGUCUGGUGCUUCCCUCAGACCCUGUUCUCCAGGGGCACAGGGAGCCCUGUGAGACGGCUGCUGCCUCAGUGCCCUCCCUGGUGCCACGUGCAGCACAGGGAGGGCUCUGGCCUGGCCUGCGGCACCGUGGCAGAUGCUCCCCAUGGCUGUGAACAUCCCCUUCCCCAGCCCCCUGCUCUGUCCAGCCUUUGCCCUCUGCCUCCACUCUGGGGAAAGCCUUGGAUUGUAAGACUCCCUCCCCUAUUUCUAGGUAGCCCCCCUCCAUCCCCUACAUUGCCCCCUGCAUUUCUCUUCCCUCCUGCCGGGGAGGGAGAGGCUUUUUAGUCCCUUAUUUUGCCCACAUCAAACCAAAGUGGUUUCCCCCCCAGGGCAGGAGUGUGGGGAGCGGGUGUUGCUGCCCUGGGGUUGGGCCAGAGAACAGUGGGGAGGGCAGACAUUAUUGGGAUUAAAUUUAUGGAGCAAAAAAACUACUGUAAAUAUCUUCUUGUUUGUUCUUCCGUUGUCAAAUAAAAGGUUGUUAGUUUU